UGUGCUAAGGAUCCUAAUUGGUACGUUCAACCAUUAAUUGAUUUAGAGACAAAUAGAUUACAAGAUAUUAUUUUAAAUGAUAACACAACAUCAACCAAUACCUAUAAUCUACCAUUAAGCAUUUUUGCUAUUGCUAUAUUACCUGAAGAAACAAGUGAAAGUUACAGAUGGGUAUUACAACAAACAAUCGAAGCAACUGGAGUUCAGCCUGGUGCCUUUAUUAUUGACGCUGACCCAGGUCUUGAGAGUGUAGUUCCUGAAAUAUAUCUGAAUACUUACCUUCUUCACUGUGUUUGGCAUAUCGAACGCAAUCUUGAAAGACAAUUAUUAAACCACUUGGUGAUCGUUAUGGUGAUUUUCUCAAAGCAUUUUGCUGUGCCCAAAAUGUUUUGUGCAAAAAAGCAUUUGGAAG